AUGAAGUUAGCUCACUUUCUUAUGAAGUUGCGCAAUGAGCAAGUAACAAUUGAAUUAAAAAAUGGCACAACAGUAUGGGGCACUUUGCAGACUGUUUCACCCCAAAUGAAUGCAACUUUAACUGAGGUCAGACUAUCAUUACCUAGUAAAACUUCGAAGGCCUCUGUAGCGUCAGUUUAUCUCACUGGUGCUGUUCCUCAAAUUGGCGAAGGUGACAGAAGUACUACCUCAUUGCAGUACAUCAAUAUACGUGGAAACACAAUAAGGCAAAUAAUUCUUCCAGAUUCAUUGAACUUGGACGUUUUGCUCGUAGAUAAGAAUGAAGUAAGCAGGUUGAAAAGAGCAGGAAAGGUUACCAAUGAUCCUACUAGAAAGAGGAGAAUUGAACAUAAUGGCAAUUCAAACAAGAGGUUAAAACGGGCACUAUAA